ACCACAGACACAUAGCUGCCCCUGUGUAUUGCCGGAACAAAAAAUACAUUUCCAAGCUAAUAUAAACUUUAAUUAAACACAUGCUUUGUAGAGGUAUCGUUGAACGUCUUUGAUCUUAAGCUUUUUUCACAGGGAGCGAGUGUUUGUGUUUUAAAUCUACUUUAACAUAAAUUCGCGACAGGCUUAGAUUCGAACGCAUGAACAUCUGCCACAUUUGCAAGCGGGUAUACUGCCUGAAAACAUUAAGCAAGACAGCUGUCUACAGCAAUGCUGGCGAUUUAUUCCUGGAGAAACACUGGAAGAGUGUCAUAAGCCGCUCCGUCUGCGAUUAUUUUUUCGAAGCACGGGAGAAGGCAGUGGAACCUGACAAUGUGCCUCCUGUCAUCCGCACCCCUCAUCACUAUCUCAUAAACAUCUACCGUGAGAAGAUCUUCUUUGUUUCUGUCAUCCAAACAGAAGUGCCUCCACUCUUUGUAAUAGAAUUUCUGCAUCGAGUCGCAGAGACAUUUCAGGACUAUUUUGGAGAAUGUUCUGAGACCACUAUCAAGGACAAUGUGGUCAUAGUCUAUGAGCUCUUGGAGGAAAUGUUGGAUAACGGCUUCCCCCUCGCUACAGAAUCCAACAUCUUGAAAGAACUCAUCAGACCUCCAACAAUCCUGCGGUCGAUGGUCAACACCAUCACAGGCAGUAGUAAUGUUGGCGAAACACUCCCUACUGGUCAGCUCUCCACUAUCCCAUGGAGAAGAGCAGGUGUGAAAUAUACCAGUAAUGAGGCUUACUUUGAUGUGGUGGAAGAAAUCGAUGCCAUCUUGGAUAAGUCUGGAACUGCAGUCUUUGCAGAAAUCCAGGGAGUUAUUGAUGCUUGUGUCAAGCUCUCUGGAAUGCCAGACCUUACUCUCUCAUUUAUGAACCCCAGGCUCCUGGACGACGUGAGUUUUCAUCCGUGCGUCCGUUAUAAGAGAUGGGAAAGUGAAAGAGUUAUCUCCUUCAUUCCCCCCGAUGGAAACUUUCAGCUCAUGUCGUAUCACAUCAGUGCGCAGAACCUUGUAGCAAUCCCGGUAUAUGUGAAGCAGAACAUCAGUUUCUUUGAGACUGGAUCUUCAGGAAGACUGGACAUCACUGUGGGUCCUAAGCAGACCAUGGGAAAGACUUUGGAGUGUUUGGUAGUGACUGUACACAUGCCCAAAGUGGUUCUCAGUGCCAACCUCAGUGCAACUCAGGGAACCUACAACUAUGACCCCGUCACGAAGAUUUUGGUGUGGGAUAUAGGGAAACUUAACCCCCAGAAGCUUCCCAAUCUGAAAGGAAGCCUAAGUCUGCAGUCUGGAGCUCCUAAACCAGAGGAGAACCCAAGUCUGAACAUUGACCUGAAAAUCCAGCAGUUAGCCAUCUCAGGACUGAAAGUCAAUCGUCUAGACGUGUACGGAGAGAAAUAUAAGCCAUUCAAGGGUGUGAAAUAUGUGACCAAAGCUGGGAAGUUCCAGGUCAGGACAUGAGGCCAGCUGCAGAGUAUCACAAGGAUAUGCCAAAAGUUUAUUAGAGGUGCCAUUUUCUAAGUGACAAAUCAUACAGGAUUGCAACCUUGUGCACAAUCUCCCUUAUUUUUUAAAACAUGGCAGUUAACAUUUGUUAUUGUAAUAUUUAUCUUUCUUGUUUUGUGGGAAGUUACUGGCAAUUUGCAAGAAGUGAAAAUCUUUCCACUGAAGAGUAUUGGGAGAGCAUUUGCUUUGGGAAUCUUUCACUUCAUAUCAACAACAUUCCAUUAAUGUAUUAAAACUGUAUUAUGUUAGAUUUAAGGUACGGUAAAUCUUUGCCAGAAAAACACAUUACAUUAAUCACAAUACUGCUCUAGUCUUUGAUAUUGUCACAAAACAAUACUUGAGAGUUUCUGCACAUAUUCACAGGCCUUAUUUUUUCAUUUAAAUUUAUUUGCCAGUUCAGUGGCCUUUGAAUGAAAAAAAAAUAUAUAUAUAUAUAUGGAGGAGGCCUCACACACUCAAAUGGCCUUUCUUUAAAAGAACAGUCAUGCUUAUAGCAGGACAUAUUUACAAGGAUGCAAUCUACUACACAAGCACAUCACUCAGAGGUGAAUAGAAGCUGUAUCUGCUUGAGAGACAAUUUACACUUGAAGUAGUUUGCCACAUACAAGCACUGUGGAGCCAUUAUGAGCUCAAGUGAUAAAAUCAGUUCUGUUGCACUGACCUGCAGUGAUACGGUUAGGGUUUCAAACGGGUGGAAAAUUUUUCGUAAAUUUCCAUGAACUUUUCAAAAAUCCCUGGAAUAUUAAAAAAAAAAUGCUGUAAAGUUUCCAAAAUUUCUGGAAUAUUUCCGAAAUUUUCUGGAAAUUUUCCACAUUUUUGCAACCCUAUACGGUAGAUAUGCAGGUCUGCCACCUUAAUGAAGCUUUGAGGAUUUGCACACAAGGACACACAAUUGCAUUAUUUUGUAAAAUGUCAAGGGAACUGCAUAACUGCAUUUUAAGAUAUGUAUUUAAACCAAAAGCCUUAAGAUUUAUAAAGUUUAGAACAAAAUGAGGUCUUUUUUGUGUGUAUCCACUUCUGACUAAUACCUGUUUAUUAUAGCUUCACUUGAAUAUGUUUGACAAAAUUAGAAAGUAACUUGUCCCUUUAUUGACAUAUUUGGCGAAUGAAGUUUCCAAACAGAACACCUUAACAGAAUUUGUUUAUUAAUCUGAGGCACAUAAGAUGUUUUUUCUAUGACACUGAAAAAGUCAACAUUAGUGUCGUAUAUACAUUCACAAAGCAGUAAUUUCACCCUUUCUAAAUGUCAUCAGAACCCACAACAUGCUAUUACACAUACAAAUACAGCCCUGUAAACUUUCACAACGAGGCACUAUAUUGGGGGCUGAAAAGGUACUCUUUCAAAUGUAUAUGUUGUAGAUAAGAGUUUUUAAGUGAAUGCAAGGCAGUGAAGCGUCAUGAUAGUGUUCUUGUAGCUAUACAGAGAAUUCAGAGUGCAUCUUCAGCUAACAAUUGUGAUGUUUGUGCUACUGAGUUUUUCAUAGUAUGACUGCACAAUUUGAUUCUAUAUUGUAAAUUUACUGUCCUUAAAACGGUAGAUCACACAAAAACUAAAAAUCUGUAGUUUACUGACCCUCAUGUCCAUCCAAACGUGUACACAGAAGAUAUUUUUUAAAAUAUCUCAGUUUUUUUCCAUACAUUAAAAGUCAGUGACUCAGUGGGGUCCCAAACAACAUGUUUGGGACCCCAUGAACUUUCAUUGCAUAGACAAAAACAUUUUCAGUUUUAGAACAACAUGAGGGUGUUGAUAGACUUUUCAUUUUUGGGUAAACUGCAUCUCCAAACUCAUAGGUAUCACAUAUAAACAAGCCACCUGAGACAGUUCCAUCAUCAAUAUUCUACAAUUGCAAACACAGUCACACAGAGAAACGUCAGAAUUACAGCCGUAAACUGUAAAAAGACUGAGCUAAGAGAGAACAGUUCAACUGUUGUGAAGAUUGUGCUUUUCUUUUAACAAAUUUAAAUCAUUCACUCUCUCACAAACAUAAGUGUGAAUGAAGUAUAAAGAAUUUCAGUGUUAACUAUCCAAGCUUUCGCAUGUCUGUGUAGGUUUACAUGAUAGAUGUGUUUUUUUUGAUAGCUAAUGGAUAUUAAGUGUAAAAAAACCUAAAUCUUUGGCAUCAACCAUGCCAUGCAAAAUACAUCUCUGUAAUGGCACGACCCAUCAAAAAAGGCAUUAUCAUAUUUAAUAAAUAGCUAAGCAAAAGUUCAUUAUAAAUAUGAGCAAAGAACAGUUAAUUAUAGUGAAUUAUAACUCAAAAACAACCAGCCAUAAGGUUUUUGAAUAGCAAAGUAAAACUUACAACUUUGUACGUGUUGUAUAUUUGCGACUAAAAAGUGAUCUGUGAUAAUGUUCUGAUGAAAUGUAAGAAAUAUAUACAUUUUUAAUAAGAAAAUGUAAUUGUCAAAAACUAAUUUAAAGUCAA